AUGAUAAGAUAAUUAGAAAAUGAAAAUUAUAAUUUAGAAGAAUUAAGAAAAAAAUGUACUAAUGAAAAGAACAAACUUGAAUAAGAUGAAUAACAUUUGAAAUAAGAGUUUGAACAAUUUUAAGAGCAAAAGUAAGGAGUAAAAUAUUAAAAAGAAAUUAAUCAACUAAAAAAUGAAUUAAAAGAAUUUGAUUAACAGUUAAAUCAAGCUAAUUUAUAUUUAGAAAAACAAAAGUAGAAGAACAAAAAUAUAUAAUAAGAAUUAAAAGAAUUAUAAAUUAAAAAUUAAAAUUAUGAAAUAAUAAUUCAAGAACUCUAAGUUAAACUAAAAGAAACAAGGAAUCCUCUAUAUUAAUCUAAAAGCUUAAUGGAGUACAUUUAGAAUUUAUAAAAUGUUUAAAUGAUACAAAUAUAAGAAUAAGGCUUUUCUGAAAAAACUGAAAAUAAAUCCAGAGAUUGCUUAAAUUUAUCAUAAAAUGUCAAUUAAUUUGAUUAUGAAAAAUAAACCAACUUAGAAUCAAAUGAAAAAGUAUUAAGAUGAAAAAUAAUAGCAAAGAAUUAACAAAAUAAUUAUAGAAUCAUAAUAGCAAUUCAAAGAAUUUCAAUAAGUUAGCAGAAGAGAAAAUGAAAGUUUGAAAUCAGAGUUGGAAAACAUGUAAAAGAAAACUUAAGAAUAAAAUGUAAGGUAAAGUCAGGAAAUUGAUGAAUUAAAUAAUACAAUAAAAGAGGUUCAAGUAACAUUAUAAAAUCAAUUUAAAUUAAGCAAAUAAACUGAAGAUCAAGUUAAAGGCUUAACUGUUUACUUUAAAAACAAAUAACAUCUAAAGGAAUUUUCUGAUAAGAAUUUAUUUUAUGAGAAAACUAUAAUAUCAAAACAUUAACUUUGAA